AUGGGCUGUGUCUUCCAACUCUUCGUUCUUCCAAAACUUCACCUUUUCGUUUGGUACUGUGAAGAGAACAUAACAGUGGGUGGUUGCACCGCAGGAGAAGGUGUUGCCAAUAGAUUUGACAGUGGGAAGAUGCACCCUCCGUUAACAUUGCACAAACACCCAAUGUGUGCCGAAAUUAUUGAGCUAUUUCAAAAGUGUCAUGUAGAACAUCCAAUUGCAAAAUUCUUUGGUGAAUGUACUGAUUUGAAAAUAAAAUUGGAUCGCUGUUUCAGAGAAGAGAAAGCUUUGAAGCGGAAGGCUAAUUUUGAAGAGAGCAAAAAGUUAAAGGAACAAUUGCGAAUUUGGAGGAAAGAAAAUGCUGCAAGCAGUAGUCAAUAG